AUGUCUCUCUUGGCCUCCCCCGCUCCCUGCCUCCUCGUCCUUCUCCUGAUCCUCCUCCCACUGCCUCCCUGCCAGCCGGAGUCCCAGCGCAGCGACCCCAGCAGCGACCCCAGCAGCGACCCCAGCAGCGACCCAAAGUUACGAGCGGUCUCUCCCUCCAUGUUCCCCUCCUUCUUCCCGCCUUCGGCGUCCUAUGGCAACGGCACCGUGGGUGGCAAGAAUAAGAAGUGCGAUGAAGUGACGGAGUGCUUGCCCGGCAUCCUGCUGCCCGUCUGGCUGCCCAAAGGGCCCGGGCUCGGCGAACAGGUGGCCAGAGCGGUGGUCUACUUUGCGUCGCUCAUGUACAUGUUCCUGGGAGUGUCCAUCAUAGCGGACCGCUUCAUGGCGUCCAUAGAGGUCAUCACGUCCCAGGAGAAGGAGGUGACCAUCACCAUGCCCAACGGGGAAACGUCGGUGGCGACGGUUCGAAUCUGGAACGAAACAGUGUCCAAUCUGACACUCAUGGCUCUCGGCUCCAGCGCUCCGGAGAUACUGCUGUCUGUUAUAGAGGUGUGCGGUCACGGAUUCGAAGCCGGCCAGCUGGGACCGGGGACCAUCGUCGGCAGCGCCGCCUUCAACAUGUUCGUGAUCAUAGGCAUCUGCGUCUGGACGAUCCCCGAGGGCCAGACCCGCAAGAUCAAGCACCUCAGGGUGUUCUUCAUCACCGCCUUCUGGAGCAUCUUCGCCUACAUCUGGCUCUACCUCAUCCUGUCCGUCAUGUCGCCGGGCGUCGUACAGGUGUGGGAGGCUCUUGUCACCCUGCUGUUCUUCCCGGUGUGCGUCCUUCUGGCCUGGAUCGCCGACCGCCGCCUGCUCUUCUACAAGUACAUGGGCAAGCGCUACCGCGCCGACAAGCGCCACGGCAUCGUCGUGGAGACCGAGGGGGACCUGACACCCAACAAGGGCGGCAUGGAGAUGAUCAUAGACGGCAAGUUCCCACCAAGGGGGGGCGCCGUGGUGCCUGCCGAGAACUGCGGGGGCGGGACCCAAGACGGCACGGCGGGCGCUGUGUCUAAUAACGUCGGAGCGGGAGGCAACAUGCCCAACUCCAACAGCGCCAUGGUCAACGUGGAGAGCAGCAAGGAGCUGGACGAGAGCCGCAAAGAGGUGAUUCGUAUCCUGAAGGAGCUGAAGCAGAAAUAUCCGGACAAAGAGCUGGACCAGCUGGUGGAGCUGGCCAACUACUACGCACUACUUCACCAACAGAAGAGCAGGGCCUUCUACCGCAUACAGGCGACCCGCAUGAUGAUCGGAGCCGGUAACGUCCUGAAGAGGCACGCAGCUGACAACGCCCGCCGCACAGCCGUGACCGACGAGGAGGCGCCAGAAGAAGAAGACCUGGGAGUGUCCAGCCGCAUCUCGUUCGAAAGCGCCCACAGUCAGUGCAUGGAGAACUGUGGCAUUCUGACACUGGCUGUAGUCUGCCACGGGGGUCUGGGAGAGAACACCUUCUACGUGGACUACAGGACGGAGGACGGCUCAGCCAACGCCGGGUCGGAUUACGAGUACAGCGAAGGAACGCUGGUGUUCAAACCCGGAGAGACCCGCAGAGAGAUCAAGGUCGGGAUAAUCGACGACGACAUAUUCGAAGAGGACGAGCACUUCUUUGUGCGCCUGCUGAAUCUGCGCGUCGGCGACUCGGAGGGGAUGUUCGAGAGCGACGAGGCGGGCGCCGCCCCCAAAGGUCGCCUGGUCGAGCCCCUGGUCGCCACUGUGACCAUCCUGGACGACGACCACGCCGGCAUCUUCACCUUCAGCGAGCGCAUGGUGCGAGUGAGCGAGAGCGUUGGCACCAUGGAGGUGACGGUGGUGCGCAACUCCGGUGCUCGUGGCACCGUCAUCCUGCCAUACCACACCGAGUCGGGCACCGCCAAGUCCGGGGAGGACUACGAGGACGCCCGGGGAGAGCUGGAGUUCACAAACGACCAGACCACUCAGACAUUCCAGGUGAGGAUAAUUGAUGAUGAAGAAUACGAAAAACAUGAAAACUUCUUCAUCGUGUUGGAGGAGCCGCGCUGGCUUAAGAGAGGAAUCUCAGCUCUGCUGCUCAGCCAAGAGGGGGCGGAGGGUCAGAUGAGCUCAGAGGAGGAGGAGGCCCGGAGGAUAGCUGAGAUGGGGAAGCCCAUCCUGGGGGAGCACAGCCGGCUGGAGGUGGUCAUUGAGGAGUCGUAUGAGUUCAAGAGCACCGUGGACAAGCUCAUUAAGAAGACCAACCUGGCGCUGGUGAUUGGCACGCACUCCUGGAGGGAGCAGUUUGUGGAGGCGGUCACUGUCAGCGCAGGUGACGGCGACGACGAUGACGAGGGCCGCCUGCCCUCCUGCUACGACUACGUCAUGCAUUUCGUCACCGUCUUCUGGAAGGUCCUGUUCGCCUGCGUCCCACCCACGGAGUACUGGAACGGCUGGGCCUGCUUUCUGGUCUCCAUCAGCGCCAUCGGCCUCCUCACCGCCGUCAUCGGGGACCUGGCGUCGCACUUCGGCUGCACCGUGGGGCUCCGGGACACCGUGACCGCCGUGGUGUUCGUGGCUCUGGGAACCUCUAUUCCAGACACCUUUGCCAGCAAAGUGGCCGCCAUGCAAGACCAGCACGCCGACGCGUCCAUCGGCAACGUCACCGGCAGCAACGCCGUCAACGUGUUCCUGGGCAUCGGCGUGGCGUGGUCGGUGGCCGCCAUCUACUGGUGGUUCAAGGGGAAAGCGUUCACCGUGAACCCAGGCUCGCUGGCCUUCUCCGUCACGCUCUUCACUAUCUUCGCUUUCAUCUGCAUGGGCGUGCUGAUGUUCAGACGCCGGCCGUCCAUCGGCGGCGAGCUCGGCGGCCCGAGAGGGGCACGCCUGGUCACCAGCCUGCUGUUCUUCGGCCUGUGGUUCCUCUACAUCCUCUUCUCCAGCCUGGAGGCCUACUGCCACAUCACCGCUUUUUAA